CAUCUGGGCUCUUACACAAACCAACAGCAGCUUCUUCUGACAGACACACACUCACCCCGACGCACACUCAGCACACUUUUCCUUCAUCUGAUUAACAGUCCUCCACACACCAUGAUUACAGGAAAACGUAAAUAAAUACGGAAAGGGGUGAUUAUUUUGACUACUGGAAGAGCUUUGCUGGGUCUCAGCACAACUUUUGUUUUUAUUACGGAGAAGGUGCUCUCUCCACGCGUCUCUCUCAGACACGGAUUCUUUAGCGGAGGGGAGAGAAGGGGAGAGCCUUUCACUUUAAGACCCGCUAGGCUUGAGCGGAGAAAAGGCCAGCAGGGCAGGGCGGCCCCCUGCUGCAGCUAGUCCGAGAGAGGCUCGGUGCCUUUUGAGCGUGGCCCCCUUUCUCCACCGAAGUUGGCUCCAGCGCUAGCAGCCGCAUUGGAUCCCACAGCCUAUUGCGAGACUCCGGUGUACAAUCCGGAUCUCUGCCCCAACAUGAUCGCGGCCCAGGCCAAGCUGGUCUACCACCUGAAUAAGUACUACAACGAGAAAUGUCAGGCCAGGAAAGCUGCCAUCGCCAAAACCAUCCGGGAAGUGUGCAAAGUGGUCUCCGACGUCCUGAAGGAGGUUGAAGUGCAGGAACCGCGCUUCAUCAGCUCCCUCAACGAGAUGGACAACCGCUACGAGGGCCUGGAGGUCAUCUCUCCCACCGAGUUCGAGGUGGUACUCUAUCUGAACCAGAUGGGGGUGUUUAACUUCGUAGAUGAUGGCUCCCUGCCUGGCUGUGCGGUGCUGAAACUGAGCGAUGGGCGCAAGAGGAGCAUGUCCCUCUGGGUGGAAUUCAUCACCGCCUCUGGGUACCUCUCGGCACGCAAAAUCCGUUCCAGGUUUCAGACGCUGGUGGCUCAGGCGGUGGACAAGUGUAGCUACAGAGAUGUAGUAAAGAUGGUGGCUGACACGAGCGAAGUGAAACUGAGAAUCCGAGAUAGGUAUGUGGUGCAGAUCACCCCGGCCUUUAAAUGCACCGGGAUUUGGCCUCGCAGUGCUGCCCACUGGCCGCUUCCCCACAUCCCCUGGCCAGGACCCAACCGGGUGGCAGAGGUCAAGGCUGAAGGGUUCAAUUUGUUGUCCAAGGAGUGCCACUCCCUGGCCGGCAAGCAGAGCUCGGCUGAGAGUGAUGCUUGGGUGCUGCAGUUUGCAGAGGCUGAGAACAGACUGCAGAUGGGGGGCUGCAGGAAGAAAUGCCUCUCUAUCCUGAAAACCCUGCGCGACCGCCACCUGGAGUUGCCAGGCCAGCCCCUCAACAACUAUCACAUGAAGACUCUGGUGUCCUACGAGUGUGAGAAGCAUCCCCGAGAGUCGGACUGGGACGAAUCUUGCCUGGGCGAUCGGCUGAACGGAAUUCUGCUGCAGCUCAUCUCAUGCCUGCAGUGCCGGCGGUGUCCCCAUUACUUCUUGCCGAACUUAGAUCUGUUUCAAGGCAAACCGCACUCGGCCUUGGAAAACGCUGCUAAACAAACGUGGCGACUGGCAAGAGAGAUCCUGACCAAUCCAAAAAGUUUGGAAAAACUUUAGAGGAUGAUCUAAUCCAGGGCCCACAAGAAAGAGCAUUCUUUAAAGUCCCGAAGAAAUGAAAACUUCCUGGUUGAUUCCUAAGUACUAUUUCUCGAGACAGUGCAAACAAAUCUCUUCCUUUAAAGGAGUAACAAACACAACAUUUAACCAUCAUCUCACACACCCUUACAAAAGAGGGGAAAGAGGCAGAGAAACUCAGGGGAAAACCCACAUCACGGGCGACUCUAUGGAGGCAUCCCCCAGCUCCCCUGAAAAGUGCACAUCACCCGAAAACAGCUGCAAUGCAAGACCAUGGCCAACUCCAGCAAGGAUUAUAGUAAUCUUGAGACUUAGGUACAUCUGCCUUCCAGUAAACAGGACCCGGAUGUACCAUCGGAAGGAAAGUGUAAUGUAUAUUUAAUCUGUAACAAAAGUUGUGAUCUCAUGUUGUCUUUGAAAGUGUGGAUAUUGGUGUUUUGUGAUUUGGUGAACAGAACUGAAAUUGCCAUUCUGGAAACUUCCUGACAUUUCCCACAGACCAGAGAAGCAUUUAAAGGUAGAUUUCCUCCUGGUACUUUACCUGUCUGUGAAGUGUCUGAACUUAAAAAAAAGUUUACAUUUUGUUUCAAAUAUAUUGCUUGUUCUAACAUUCCGUAAGUAUACUUGAAAUGUUAUUUAAAUAUAUUCAAAAAUUUGAAUUCAGCUUAUAUAAUAACGCUUGAAUAUCGGAAUUAUAUAUAUAUAUAUUUGAAAAUGCACUUGAAAAUACACUGGAUAAUUACUUUUGUGAUUUAGAAUUUAAUUUCUGUUGCUGAUUUUUAUUUAAUUAGAAGAUAAUAAAUGAAGUAAAAUACCAAA